AUGGCAUUAAAACAGGAAGAUGACAUCCAAGGACAUAGAACAAGUCGAGAGGUGCAUGGUGCCACCACAAUUGCUUAUCGCAAAUACAGACGUGAGGGGAAAAAAGCAGAGGAGUACGCCGCGGAAUCGAAGGCUGAUGCCAUGGCCGAAUGGAUCAUAUUCGACCCCAAUAAACACGACUCCGUAUCAUUUGAAGAUUUCUUGGAAACCAAUGUUCCGUCACAAAUUUAUAGACAGACUGGUGUUGGUUAUAUUUGCGUAAAAAGCCCAUAUGGAAGUGAGGACGCAAGACUACGAGAAGUGUUGAAACUCCUGCAACAGUCCGAUCGAUCAAUCCGCUAUCGAAAUAUAUCCCACUUAGCUAUGGCACAUAACGUGAUUUCAUACAUGCAGACUGGUUUUGGCUGGUUGCUCAAACCCCCUCCUUCAGAUGAUACUAUAUAUGUCAAAGGUCUACAGGAAGAGUGGGAACUUUUACAACAGUCUGGUCGACCAAUCAAUUACCAUACAAUAUACGACUUGGCAAAGGCACAUCAUGUGACUUGCGGUAGUUGGUUGAUACACCUUGAUCCAGGCUUUAAAGCAGACCAUGCCUGGCAUGCUAUUGCCACGGCAACAGUAAAUGCACAAUUAGGAACACGUGCCCAGAUAACAGCUUUUAAUUCCGCCAUUGAUGAUUACCAACAUGUGAUCAGUGUUUUCAAUGCUGAUUUCACAGAUAAACAACAGGUAUAUGAUCUUGAGAAUAAAAUUCGUGCUGUGGGAAUUAAAUGUGAGAUGAAAUACAAACCUUAUGUUUAUACGCAACUUGGUAUUUAUAGAAACAACAAGUGGGGAUUGAGACCUACUAUAUAUAGAAGUAACUAUGUACUGCAUCAGGGUUCAAUUAUACAGGCACUAUAUGACUGA